AUGGAUGAUAAAGGCAACGAUGGCAAAAACUUGGGUGAUACAGGCAAGGAUAACAAGGACAUGGGUCAUAGAGGCAACGAAGGCAAAGUUAUGGAUGAUAAGGACAAUCAUUUCGUAGCCAUGGACCCCAAAGGAAUGGAUGGUAUGUGCAUGGAUGAUAAGGAUAAUGAGGAUGCAGGCAAGGAUGGUAUAGACAUGGAUGAUGUACACAUGCAAGGUAAAGGAAUUGAUAAUAAAGGCAUGGCCGGUUCAGACCUGAAUGAGUGUAUGGAAUACUUAGAGAUUGUGAAGAAGACUUUUAGGACUGAGGAAGAAGCCUACAUGUUCUACGUAGGCUAUGCGAGAAAAAAAGGGUUUGGUGUUAGAAAGGAUGAUCUUAAGUACAGGGGUCCGGGUCCGAAUCAAAAUGCAUAUAGAAGGACAUACAAGUGCUGCAAACAAGGUUGGCUGGCCCUUAAGCACUUUAACAGAGUUGAAAGAAAAAGAACACCGAGGGGUCUUUCUUGGUGUGGGUGUCCCGCUCUUUUUCAGGUUGAACUACAAGAUAGCAGUGGCCUCUGGUUCGUCAAGAAUUUUGUGGACAAGCAUAACCAUCUGUUUGUCCCUGCUGACCUGACUCUGUACUUAUCGGCUCAUCGUAGAAUGACUGACGCACAAAAGGCCGAUGUCAUCGAGUAUGCUGUCGGUGGACUUCGAACACAUCAGAUUAUGAAUGUAAUGGAGAAGAAUGCCGGAGGUCCCGACAAGCUUGGAUUUAUAGAUCGAGAUCUAUACAACCAUGUUUCAAUCAAGAAGAAGCGCAAGAUAGAAGGCAGUGACGCUAGAUAUUUGCUUACCUAUAUGAUUGCACAGAAAAAAGCAGACCCGGAAUUCUUUUUCAAAUACACAAAAGACAGCGAAGGCCAUUUGAGGAACAUAUUCUGGGCUGAUUCACAAUCCCGGAUUGACUAUGUUGCCUUUGGUGGUGUCGUGGUGUUCGACAGUACAUAUCGGUCUAACAAGUACAGGCUUCCGUUUGUUCCAUUUGUUGGUCUGAACCAUCACCGCAGCACUGUUUUCUUUGGGGUCGGUCUAGUGUCAGACGAGACAGUUGCAUCAUACCAGUGGCUUCUUCAUGUAUUUUUGGAGGCAAUGUCCCAGACGGCACCCAUUUUAGCAAUCACCGAUGGGGAUGGUUCAAUGGCUAAAGCAAUAGCUACUGUCUGGACCGGAACAGAUCAUCGUUUGUGCACGUGGCAUAUCGAGGAGAAUUUGGUGAUCCACCUCCGCAAGAAAAAGCUUGAGCAAUUUAGGUAA